AUGGUCCUGUUCAAGAGGAAACCCGUUCGCUACGUCCCGCAUCCCCACAUUGACGACCAGGAAUCGGAUGUCUGGGUCAUCUCAGAGUCCAACGAAGUAUUUACUUCUUACGAUGCAUACCUCGAGCGCAUGGACUUUUUCAAGUCCAAGAAAUUCACCUGCGAAGUAUCAGGACGUUCCGGUCUGACAUUCUUUGACGCCCUGAGGAGCGAGCUGGAGGGGUCACGGGAGAUUGACGAGGCCUUUCCUCAGGCUCUGCGGGAACCUGUCCUGCGCCGAGUCCAGUUUUCCACGACUUCUCGCAUCGACAACUUGGUCGAGGAGGUCUACGCCGAUUUCAAGAAUGACUUCUAUCCGGGUGAACUGGUUACCGUGAUCCUGGACGACGCAUCCCGGUUGAACGGGCGAGUGCGGGACAAAGCCAAGUUUGCAGAGGUGAGGGCGUCAGACGGUUCCGUGGCAAGAGAAGCUUUCUCCCGAUAUUUUGUGCGGCUCAUUGAUCGUCCAGACGAAGAGGCCCUGGUCGACGACAACCACAUUGUUAGAGAUCGCAAGGUCUUCACAAAACAGAUGCUCCGCUCCUUUAUCAAGAACACCGUGACCCGGGAAGGUUGGAAUGGCGCCCCAUGGAUCGUCAAGCCCGAAAUUGCCGAGCGAUUUCGCAUUGACACCAACGUCCCUCCUCAUCUUCAGUAUGGCCAUAAGAUUGCGGCAAAGAAGGCGGAGAAGAAGCAGAAUGCGGAGCAAGGAGAGGGUAUGUUUGGAAUCUGGCAACCUCAUAAGCUACCCGAGCUGAAGCCUGCUCCCAAAGGACGCAAGAACCACCAUCAAACGUCGCAGCACCAAGUACAGCAGAUCGAAGUGCGGAUUCCUCUACCCUACCACGAGAACUAUCCACCACAAUCCAUGCCCGAUCCGGGCUUACUACCACGAUCUUGGGACCAUAUGCACCCUCCUCCACCUCCUCAAGACUUCGCCCACUACUAUCAUGGAUACCCGCAAUAUAUCCCGCCAAACGGUCACUACUAUCCUCCGCCGCCACCUGAUGAGCAGAUGCCUGCCAAACAAAUCAUUCAACCUCCCCCGCUUCCUCCGCCAAUCAAAUAUCCAAUUGAUGAUCUUGAUGUUGAACCUGUCCGAGACGGUACGCAUCGACCGACGCUGAAGUUCGUCACCAAAGAGCAGUGUACCAACCCGAAAUCGGCGACUCACGUCAUCCCUGGCCUCAAGUCUGAAACUGUCGGUCUCUUGCUGGAGACCUGGAAUACUCUGAAUGUGUAUUGCCAAGUUCUCAAACUAGAUUCGUUCACCUUUGAUGAUUUCGUGGAAGCCAUGAUGUUCUCCUCGCAUGAGGUUGAUUGUGAGUUGUUUGUCGAGAUACACUGCGCGGUCCUCAAGCAGCUGGUGCACUCCGAAAAUGAUGAUGGUGGGGCCAUUCAAAUCUCGCUACCAGAUCUGCCCGAUCCAGAUGAAGAUGAAGAUGAAGAAGAGGAACAGGAAAGCAAACUGCCAACACCGACUCCCGAGCCUGAGUACCCCGCGAAACGAACACGCAGCAGCCUCCACAAGGUUCAAUUUGCUGAGCCGGAACCUGAGCCGGAAGAACCCGAACCUAUGGUUACUCAUCGAGCAGCCGAGAUGUUCGGAGAUUAUGGCUGGAUUGAGAGACUACGAAAACGUGACCUAAGAUAUGGCGGCUGGGAAUUGGUCAUGGUUGGGUUGCUGCAUCAGCUUGCUGGCAGACCGCGACUCACGGAUCUGUGCAACAAGAUUCUUUCUCAUCUCGCUCCUCUCAAUGCUGAACCGACAAUAGAAACGGCCAGGAUUCAGUACUCGACCAUGGACAUCAACCUGCGCGCGGAGGCUCUGCAAAUCAUAUGCCAGUUAUUUCUCGAGACCAAGACCGUCAAAAAUUUCUUGGAGGAGAUGAGUAACACCAUGACCCAUUACCGCAAAAUCAAGAUUGAGCACCAACGAGCUCGGAAGGAUGCUUUGGCCAAGCUUAAGGAGCUUCAAAUUGAGCGGAGACUGUUGGCACCAGAGCCUGAGAAAUCCCCUACUCCGAUGCCUGAACUCGAAGAAGCCAUUGAGGUGGAGAAAGCCGAAGAUGGUGAUGUUUCGAUUCCCGAUUCAGAAGACGAAGAACCCGUCGUGACCCGAUCUUUACGGUGGGGUAGUUCCCGAGCUGCAGAGCGUAAGCGAAAACGUGAAGAAGAGCAAGAGCGCAAGGAGAAAGCAGCGGAGGCCAAACAGAAUAAGGGAAGCAAGGAGUACCAAAAAGUGCUCAAGCAGAUCGAAAAGGAGCGCGACCGCAUUGAACAGGCAGAAGAGCAGAUUCUCAUUGUCGACGGAGACCUUCGCGAAGCAGAUUGUCCUCGGACGCGGGUUCUCGGGAAAGAUCGUUUCUGCAACCGAUAUUGGUGGUUCGAGAGGAAUGCCAUGCCGCACGGGGGCUUGCCUGACAGCUCGACGGCGGAUGCGGAGUAUGCCAACGGUCGAAUCUGGGUGCAAGGACCCGACGAUAUGGAGCGUGAGGGUUUCGUUGAGGUUAGCGAGCCGGACAGGCAGGCUUACUAUCGACGAUUCCAAAUGACUCCAGCUGAACGUAAGAAAAUGGAAGAAGGUUCCACGAACUUGGACUCGGCGAAGGAAUGGGGUUUCUACGACACCCCAGAAGAGCUUGACAUGCUUAUCGGAUGGCUAGACUCCCGCGGGAUUCGAGAACUCAAGCUCAAAAAAGAACUCAACUCGCAGCGCGAGACUAUCAUCAAGCAUAUGGAGAAGCGAGCCGCGUAUCUUGCACCGCGAGAGAAAUCCGAAGAGCCGCCAACGAGGAUGUCCACGAGGACCAAGGCGAACUUCAGCGACAAGACACAUCGAUGUCUCAAGUGGAAGAACUCUACCGCUUUGGCCGAACUGGGUCAUCGCCAUAUCGAUCCUACCCCCAAACCAAGAGGUAGAGGAAGGAAGAAUAUCAUAUAUGAGGAACCACAAACAAGAUCGAGUGCACCAGCUCCACCGGCUCCUUUGAACCGUCAGGGCAAGCCGGUAACAAGGCAGGGAACAAGGUACAACUUUUGA